UUCUGUCUAUCCGAUGAAAUCUUUCAUUGAUGUUUAACGUCUACAUGUUCAUCCCUUCGUCUCUCUGUGUUCUGGCGGCGCUUGCAUUAAAGACAGCAAGACAGGAGCUGCAUCUACCUGAACUGCAGCUCGCAGGAUCGGUGUUUUUAAUUGUGUUGCUUUUCACUUUAUUUGGGUGCAUGGCGGGACACUUCUGGAAUAUUAGUGGGCGGCUCCGAAGGUUAUGCACCCGUGUCAGUCGCUUCAAUGAGAAACAGAUGGAGGUAGGGGAGCUCAAGGAGACGCUGGAUGUCCUGGAAGAUACAUUAAAGGAACGCUUUGUAGAGAUCGGAGCUAUGAGAGAACUGGCAAAAAGUCGUAAUCCCCAGAUCGGCGAACGUGGCCGAGAGAACCUCAAGCUGCAAGGGCAGAUUCGAUUUAUCAAACGACAUGUUCAGGAGAGCAUUGCUUCUAAAAAGGCAGCCCGGACGGAGCUGAAAAACUGUAAGAGUGAGCAUCGUAAGAUGAAGGAUGGAGACGACUUCAUAAUAGUACCGAACUACACCGCGGCCCCGUGCCCACUUCGGAAAACCAAUGCAGAAGACAGCGUGCUACCUAUAUUACAAAUGAAUCCACAAGAAUUGUCACUAGAACUUCAUGACAAGGCUUUGGAAGGUCAAUACAUGCUUCCAUCUUCUCAGAAAACAAGCAAUUUCUAUGAAGAUUAUGAGUCCUUCUAUGACUCCUAUGAGUUAGGCUCCUGGAUUGGACAAGGGACCUAUGGUCAAGUCUUUGCUGCUACGCGCAAGUCAGAUCAUUUACGAGUGGCAAUUAAAUUCAUAAAGAAGGCCCGGAACAUUGGACGCAUGCAACAUCCUGAUGACCCAGAGCCUAUUCCCAUGGAGGUGGCAACAAUGAGAGCAGUGUGUGCCUUUCCAUCAUGUCCAUGGGUCAUCCAGUUGCUUGACUGGUACUGCAUAUCCACUGAGCUUAUGCUGGUCCUAGAAUUGCCUGAGCACAGUGUGAGCCUUUUUGACUUUGCACAGAACAACAGGACAACACUGACUGAGAAGCGAGCAAGUCUAAUCUUCCAUCAGAUAGUAAAAGCCGUACAGCACUGUCAUGGCCGUGGUGUUUCUCACAAUGAUCUGAAGCUUGACAAUGUCCUCAUAGAACUACCCACAGAGCAAGUGAAGAUCAUAGACUUUGGAAAUGCACUCUUCUUGGAACCAGAAGAAGGUAGUCAUCAUGUAGGAAUGGGUUUUUAUGCUCCACCUGGGUGUUUUCUUCAGAACAGGAGUCGAACAUUCCCUUUAACAGUGAAGACAUUGGGAACCCUGCUAUAUGAAAUGCUCUGUCAGUCCACUUAUUUUGAGCGUGAAUUCAAGAUCAAUCACAACAUCUUUAAUUGCAAGCGUCAGCUAAGUAUGGAAUGCAGAGAGUUAAUUCACUGGUGCCUAAAACCACAACCAUCUGACCGACCAACACUUGAGGAAAUCUUGGUACACCCCUUUGUGUCUUUGGGACUACAUUGAAAUGCCUUUCUCUGUAUGCUAUGAAGGAAGAUGUUAUUCACAAGAAGCAAGAGAUGAAUGUUUUGAUAUAAAUUGACUGGAGAGGAGCCCAUGAAGAUGACAAUUAGUCUUUAGUUGCAUUUAACAGCAGACAUUCUACUGAGAAAACUUAAAGGACCACUGAAGAACCUGUCAAAAAACAUCAGCAGCUCUUUAGAAACAUCUUGAAACCAGUAUAGCCAAACAUGGAAUUGGUGGAGAGUAAAGGCAAAGAAAUUAAUACACCAUGCCACCAAAAAGAAUCUGGAAAAAAAAUAUAUAAAAAAGUAAG